AUGAGAGAUGAAUGGGAGAGGAAGGCCAUUCCUGAUGGAGAGUCGGUGGUGGAGUAUGUCCUGACCUUCCGAGAAAGACUGCCUGAGCUCAUGGGCCCGGCCAGGGAGAAGCUGGUCAAAGCCCAGAGGAAGGAGAAAGUCUGGUUUGACUGCACGGCACGGGCCCACGCCUUCACCGCUGGGGAUCAGGUGAUGGUCCUCAUCCCCGUGAGGAAAAACAAACUCCAGGCUGCCUGGGAAGGUCCCUUCAGGGUUGUCAAGCAGCUAAACAAGGUAAACUAUGUGGUGGAGCUGUCGAACCGGGCACACCACCACCGGGUGUACCAUGUCAAUAUGAUGAAGCCAUAUUAUGACAGGGGGAAUGUGGUGUUGGCCGUGUGUGGACAAUUUCUAGAUUGCCGGGCACAGAGCAAGCUGCAAGCAGUUGAAGAAGCGGUGCAGAAGCUCCAAGUCUCUCUGCAGCCUGACAACGCCUCGGACGCCUCAGCAAAGGGAUCGGACAGUGACGUGCUGACAAAGCUCCCCAGGGGCUGGAGGUUUUACGGUGGGAACUUCUAUUACUUUUCACAAGAAAGGAAGUCGUGGGACGAGGCCGAGCGGUUCUGUGUGUCUCAGGACUCGCACCUGACCUCUGUCUCCUCCCAGGCAGAGCAGGAGUUUCUCUCCAACGAGACCCAGGGAGAAGAUCGCUGGAUUGGACUCACCGACCGGGGGACAGAAGGCAGCUGGCGCUGGGUGGAUGGCACAGAAUACAGAGCAGACGCAAGCAGGGGGUUCUGGAUGCAGAAUGAGCCAAACAAUGCCUAUGGUGGAGAAGACUGUGUUCAUACUGAGCCAAGAUACCAGAAUUUGUGGAAUGAUAACAAGUGCAUUCGGCCUUUCAGGUGGAUUUGUAAGCAGCCCCAUGGACAGGCUGGGCUGUGACAUGCAGGUCCCAGCACCUCAGAAAGCGCCUUAAUUUCCAAGCUAUGGAGCAUGUUUUCCAGACACCUGCCGAUGAGGAGCCCUGUGCACUGGACGGGGCCGCAUGGCAUGUGGAUUGCAGGGAUGCUUUGUCUUGGUGUGAUAUUUGUGGCUGUAGCAGAGACAGCUGCCUUAUGCCGCUCAGUCUUGCUGGCUCUGUAAUUUAUAUGUUUCCUGGUCUGUCACUGAAUAAAGUCCUUGGAUCAUGGAGUUAUUGUUUCAUAAAUACUCAAUAAAUAAUGAUUUGCUUGA